AAAAUAGUAAAUGCAGGGUAUACACGUGUGCGUUUCCGCAGGCUGAGCGAAGCUUUUUCAAUGGAAAUCUGUGAGCCCGUUGCCGUGUCUUUUCCCCCUCCGCUCUCCGCCCCCAGUUUGCCACCCUCCCUCUCCAUUUAAAGCCAGAGCCUCUCCUCCUUCUCUGUGAGAUACUACAGUUGUGUGCGCCUCUCUCUUGGGUUUGUAGUAGGAGAACGCCUCUGCCUCACCUUUCCGGCAAAAAAUCCGCAAUCCAAAACCGCAUUUCCUCCUACAAAUUCAGCUGCGAACCAGUCAACUUGCUCCGGCAGCUCUUCAACAAUGGCUCUCAAGCUCAAUCCAGUCACCUUCCCUUCCACCCGCUCCCUCAACAUCAACUUCUCUCCCUCCCGCCAUCCCAGAUCUCCUCGCACCCUUCUCGUGGCCUCCACUUCCAUCAAGUAAGAUUUCCUCCCGCGAUUGCUCUGGAUUCUCCGCAAAAUUUAUCGCAGGGAUUGACUGAUUUUCCUGCAAUCGAAACGUUUAUGUCUUGUUUUUUCUUUUCUUUUUCUGUUCGUCUAAUUUCAUUUCUCCCUUUGCUGUGGUUUUGAUUGAUUUGCGACUCAGCUUUUGUUCUAUGUUCCGAUUGAAUUUGUUUCCGUCUUUUUUGUCGUUCGUUUCCAAUUGGGUCUGGAAUUUGAACACCGAUGGGUUCAUUUCCGUGGUGCGGAAGUCAUCCCACUGUUUUCCUCUUCUCCUUCCAUUUAAAUGCAUGUGGGUACUCGUUAUUUUAUCAAUUCGGCGUCGCCAUAGCUCGUUCUGUGCUGCGUUCUUUUGUUUUCUUCUUCCCUCUCCCCCCCUCCCAUGCCUUGUUUUUUUCCUGCUUAUUUUAAACCACGAACGAACUGAGGAAUGAAUGGUAUGUCUCUGCUUCUAUGCUUCAUGAUUGGGUUUUCAUUUUCUAUUCCCUCUCGUUCCUGUGAGAAGAUCUGCAAGAUGCCUCAGUUAUGUGUGGCAUGCAGCCCAUUAUCAUCUAAGCAUUGUCAGUAUUUGUUUUGUUUUGCGGGGUUUUCGAUAUGCAAUGCAACUCUUGUGGUUGAGAGUUGUGGAGGGGAUGGUGGUGGGUUAACUUUACUGCCUGGGUCGGCUGGUCCAGUUGGUUGACGACUGGCUCUGUGUAUUGCUUUCUUGUGGGUGUUUCUUAUCUAUCAUCUUUGUCGUCUUCUCUCAUCUACCUGCUUUGGCAGGAAAUAAUGCCCAGCUGUUUUUUCUUGACUUUUAAGUCUUAAGCGUUUCAUCUAGGAAUUAACGAUGCUCCAUCCAGACUCCUGCAGCACCCAUCGUGUCUUAAGUUGCAACAUAUUUGACGGCAUAUUUAUUAUCAUCUCCUUCUCUCGGGGAAUAAUCAAUUUCCUCGCUAGUUUCUUCCUUAUCUCGUGUGGAGGCUGAGAAACUAAAGAAGCCGUAUGGACCUCCCAAAGAGGUGCAUGUCCAAGUCACGCACUCCAUGCCCCCACAAAAGCUGGAGAUCUUCAAGUCAUUGGAAGGCUGGGCUGAGGACAAUCUCUUGGUGCACCUAAAGCCCGUUGAGAAAUGCUGGCAGCCACAAGAUUUCCUGCCAGAACCCGAGUCAGAGGGAUUUUAUGACCAAGUUAAGGAACUAAGGGAAAGAGCCAAGGAACUCCCUGAUGACUAUUUUGUUGUGCUGGUUGGAGAUAUGAUCACUGAAGAAGCCCUACCAACUUACCAGACAAUGCUUAACACCCUUGAUGGCGUGAGAGAUGAGACUGGGGCAAGCCUUACUUCUUGGGCGAUCUGGACUCGGGCAUGGACUGCUGAGGAGAACCGGCACGGUGACCUCCUCAACAAGUAUCUCUACCUUUCCGGAAGAGUCGACAUGAAGCAGAUUGAGAAGACAAUUCAGUAUCUGAUUGGGUCAGGAAUGGAUCCAAAAACAGAAAACAAUCCCUACCUUGGUUUCAUCUACACUUCAUUCCAAGAGAGGGCAACUUUCAUCUCACAUGGGAACACGGCAAGGCUAGCCAAGGAACAUGGAGACAUGAAGCUGGCGCAGAUCUGUGGAAUUAUCGCAGCAGAUGAGAAACGCCAUGAAACUGCUUACACCAAGAUUGUGGAGAAGCUGUUUGAGAUUGAUCCGGACGGCACAGUGUUGGCACUGGCGGACAUGAUGAGAAAGAAAAUAUCCAUGCCUGCCCACUUGAUGUUCGACGGCCAGGAUGACAAUCUUUUCGACAAUUACUCCUCCGUGGCACAGCGUAUUGGGGUGUACACGGCCAAGGACUACGCAGAUAUCCUGGAGUUCCUGGUUGGGAGGUGGAAAGUGGAGACAUUGACGGGUCUUUCUGGGGAAGGAAACAGGGCUCAGGAGUUUGUUUGUGGGCUGCCGGCAAGGAUUCGAAGGCUGGAGGAGAGAGCUGCUGGGAGCGCGAAGCAACCAUCCUCCCCUGUUCCUUUCAGUUGGAUUUUCGGCAGAGAGCUUGUACUCUGAGUAAAAGAGACUGGAAAAUGGAGUGGAAUGAACCUAGUAUGAAGCUCGCCGGGUGAUGGAUUCCUAGUACUGCUGCAGUCGUAUGAUAGGAAAGAAGAAAACGAUCUAGCUUUAAAAGCCUUACCUGUUUUUGUUUUUCUUUUCCUCCUUUUAAGUUUCUUUUGUUUUCCAGCUGAAGUUGCUCCAAGUUCCAUAUCAAUGUAUCUUCGUCGUUCUUCUGACUGCUUUGGUAGAUGCUGCUCCACUAUCAAACUUGUGCUUGCUCUUCACCUUUGGUGGUGGAGAGUCAAACUCAGUUUGACGGAUGCAGCUUAGAGUUUUUUUUGUUUUUGUUUCUUUCAUGUGUUCUCUUUGUGUGUGAUGUCGUCUGUUCUCAACUCUUUAGAUACUAAGGGAAUGUAGUGUACCUGGUUUUCUUCUGUUCUCUGUUUUCAUCGAAAUUAAGAAGGGAAAAUUUUCCAGUGUAGAUGUUGUUCCUUUUUAGCUUUUUAAACCCUUUUGCUCUGAUGGUUGC